AUGGAGAUUGUCACACAUUUAAUUAACGACACCAUAGAGUUCUAUAAAUGGACCCUGACCAUUGCAGACAAGCGAGUGGAGAAAUGGCCUCUGAUGGACAACCCUCUGCCCACGCUGGCCAUCAGCACCUCCUACCUGCUCUUCCUCUGGCUGGGGCCCAAAUACAUGAAGAACAGGGAGCCCUUCCAGCUCCGCAAAACCCUCAUUGUCUACAACUUCAGCAUGGUCUUCCUCAACUUCUUCAUCUUUAAAGAGCUGUUUAUGGCAGCGCGGGCGGCACGAUACAGUUACAUCUGCCAACCGGUGGACUAUUCAGAUGAUCCUAAUGAAGUCAGGGUGGCAGGAGCUCUGUGGUGGUAUUUUGUCUCCAAGGGAAUCGAAUAUCUGGACACUGUAUUUUUCAUCCUGAGGAAAAAAUUCAACCAGGUUACCUUCCUGCACGUCUACCACCACUGCACCAUGUUCACGCUCUGGUGGAUUGGCAUCAAAUGGGUGGCAGGAGGACAAUCAUUCUUUGGUGCACACAUGAACGCAAUGAUCCAUGUUUUGAUGUAUCUGUAUUAUGGUCUGGCCUCCUGUGGACCCAAGAUCCAAAAGUACCUGUGGUGGAAGAAGUACUUGACUAUUAUCCAGAUGAUUCAGUUCCACGUCACCAUCGGCCACACGGCCUUGUCGCUCUACGUCAACUGCGACUUCCCCCACUGGAUGCACUACUCCCUCAUCUGCUACGCCAUCACCUUCAUCAUCCUGUUCGGCAACUUCUACUACCAGACCUACCGCCGCCAGCAGCCUGCGCGACGCGACGCCUCCUCUUCCUCCAAAGCGGGCAAGGCUCUCUCCAAUGGCACCCUGAACGGGCUCAGCAAAGCCGCCAACGGAGCGGUUCUGAUGGGCAGCAAAGAGGAGAAGCCCCAGGAGAACUCUGGGAGGAGAAAGAGGAAAGGACGGGCUAAAAGAGAUUAG